AGCGAGGAUAAGAGUAGCAUACACUUAUUUUAAAAAGAUAUAAGUUGCAAAGUGUCAUUUGUGUUGAAUGAGAUCGCAUAUUCUCGUUAUCACUAACUCACUUAUGCUUUUUUGCAAUAGAUUUUUCAAAAUGUGUCUUAAAAAUUUUAUUUCCACCAGUGUAAAAGAAUUAUUUGAACCAAAUUAUUGUAAAAUUGUAUAAAAAAGUUGGUAGUAGAGUAUUUUAUACCGAAGUCAUAAUUUAACCCAUGGUUCAACCGUUUUAUAUUGCUAAAUAUCACCUACCAAUUUAACAUAUGGUGUGAAGUUUUAUGGUCGAACCACCGGUAGGUACGAUCUUUCAAUUCAAACUUUAAAAAAAAUCACUAAAAUGUUGACAUUAUCAAAUACCCCUUAAAUCUCAUAAAUUACAAUAAUCAUAUUAAGGAGAAAAAUCAUCCAAAUGAUAAUAUUGAUUCAGGAUUUAUAGAAAUGAAAAAAAUCUGUCAAAUAUAAUGUCAUCUCCUAAAAUAAAUCAAAACUCAACAGAAGAGGGCUAACAAUACCCUAUGAGCAAACGAGAAUGACAAUUAUUUCCCACUACAUCAUUUUCUCCCUCUUUUAAAUGUGUUCUCUUACUCUCUUUUUGCCGUCCUCUUUCUUUUUCCAUUUGUUCUUCCAUCUCUCUCUCUCAAUUUUGUAUCUCACCACUCUCUCUCUUCCCUUACUCUUUCUUCCCACCGCCUAGAAUCGAGAGAAAUCGAGAAACGUCCCAAUUACUUAUCGAAUUUUGCGUUCGAAAUGUUUCUUCUACAUUCACAGUCUAUUGUGUGAAUCGGAGCACCUGAAACCAGGCGAAUAUUUAAGCGUUUAUGCCUCGACGGAGCAAAGUAGUAAGGAUUAGGUUAAACAAAUAAAAGAGAUAUGAUCCGUUGAAAAUUUAAGAGAGAAAAUUAGUAAGGAUUAGGUUAAACAAAUGACCCUUCCGUGUAAAUGACUAGUAUCUUCUGUACCAACAUCUUGAAAUCUCUCAUAUUAUUAUCAUUAGUUGAUUUCAUGAGUUUGUAAUUUGUGUUAUAUGAGCAUAUCUUACUCGGUAACUUUCUAAUUGUGAGUGGCAAAUAUAGCAUGGAUUAUAGCGUGCACUACUAAUAUGCAAGUCUUCUCUAACAUCACGAUAUGUGAGAAGUCAGCUUACAAAGGAAGAUGGCUCUAGACAGUUUGAAGUUAAAAUUUAUAGAAGCCUAAUAUAUAAGACGCUUGUUGUAUCUACGUGCUUGCUAGCUCAAACAAAGAUUCACUAUAAGACAACUGACAACUCGAAUACUAUUAAGGUACAUUAAGGAUUUCAUUGAUCAUGCUCUGGUGUUCAAAGGAGAAAGGAAGUGUGUCUGUAAUGUUAUUGUGGCCGUGACAGUCACAGUGUUGGAUAUUCAAAGGACAUGAAUGAAAAAACAUAUAUAUAUUUACUUUUGCAAUUAGAUCAAAGACGUUUUGUUGGAGUUCAAAGUGAAGAGGAACUUGUUCCUGAAGUUACUCCAUUUCUGUUAGUUGUUGUUAAUAGGAACGUUGCCCACUAUAAGCAGUUCCUUAUUUCACUCCAUAUAUGUCGCAGCACUCUGCUGCUCUCCUGUAUUAUAUAUUUGAUGAUUGAAUAAUAGAAACACCAAGUCAAGUCUUGGGUUUUCAUGGUAUCAGAGCCCAUAGAACUCUAACGAGUCAGUUCCCUCUUCUUCUUUCUUUUUCGCCCAGCUCUUCUUCUUCUUCUUUCUUCAAACCCAGAAUGGCUACUGAAUCAUCUUCUUCAUCCUCUGUUUCUUCUUCCUCUCCCUCCGGCGACACCAUUUCCUUGCCGGCCCUCUCCAUAUCUCUGCCCGCAAAUCCUCAGCUUUCGAUUAAGCUUACCCCAACGAACUAUCUAUUAUGGCAUGCCCAAAUCACCCCGCUUCUGCGUUGCCAUCAAUUGAUGGGUCAUGUCGAUGGUACUCUUGCUGCCCCACUGCAAUUUCUCAAUGGGCAACCCAAUCCAGCUUACUGGCCCUGGUAUGUGCACGACCAGUACGUCCUUACCUGGAUCAACCUGUCUCUCUCUGAGGCCGUCUUACCCAACGUCAUCAACAAAACAACCGCUUCCGAUGCUUGGACUGCGCUGGCCACCAUCUAUGCGUCUGGCUCUCAUAUUCAAAUUCGCCACCUCAACAAAGCGCUCCAGCAGAUUCGCCGUGGCACCGCUUCCAUUCACGAUUAUCUUCAGGAUGCGAAGGCUAAAGCAGACCAAUUGGCCGCUCUUGGUUCCCCUGUUCCCGCUGCCGAUCUCACUCGAUGGAUUCUUGACGGUCUAGGCGAGGAAUAUCGGCCCUUUGUGCGGCAUAUUGGAGCUCGUAUGGAACCAAUCAGUUUUGAGAAUUUGCACUCGCUUCUCCUGAGCGAGGAGCUUCAGAUUCAGCGAUAUGCUGCUCGAUCUGACUCACCGGCGCCGACGGCCUUCUACUCUCACGCUGGUGGCUACCGCGGCCGCGGCGGUCGUGGAAGAGGCCGUGGAUACGCACGUGGUCAUUUUUCCCCUAACCCACCUGUUGCUUCUUCUUUUUACAGGCCGCCUUCACCUGGUGGGUUGCUUGGGCCUCGGCCCAGUGGUAUCAUCUGUCACAAUUGUGGGGGUCGUGGCCACAUAAAACCCUAUUGUCCAAGCCCAGUUCAAGCAUCUUCCUCGGCCCAUCCUGUCCCUUACACUACUCCAGCCCCUGUUCACACCUCGGCCCAAUCUUCUGCAGGCCCACACACCAUGUUUGCCUCCUCCCCCGCUCAACCAUUUAAUCCGUCCCAAUGGCUGCUGGAUUCGGGCACAAACCAUCAUCUCACAUCAGACUUAGACAAUCUUGCACAUCAUUCGGAAUAUAACGGGACCGAUCAAGUUCUUUUUGGCAAUGGAUCGACGCACGGGGCGUGAACUUCAUCGAGGCUAUGCGGUGGACGGUCUCUAUUCCCUUCCUCUUAAUAUUUCCCGCAGCCUCUCUCCUGUUGCUUGUGCCGCCUCCUUCGACAUUUGGCAUCGUCGUCUUGGGCAUGCUCAUGAACGAGCCGUAAAACAUCUUCUUCAUCAACAUCAAAUAAAGUUUACACCGUCAU